AUGUUUGAAAAAAGAGCAGUAGUAUAUGAUGGUCUAGAUUGUAUGGCAGAUAUGAAAGAUCCAAAAUAUACUCAAUUAACAAUGAUGCUGCAAAAUGAAAUUUCAUGGGAAUCACAAGCUGAUUAUGCAAAAUAUACUGUUUAUUUUGGAGUUGUAAUAAUUUUUAUUUCAUUCUUAAAACAUCUUUAUUAUAGAAUUAGAGAUUAUAGAUAUAAAUCAAUACUAGUAGAAACUACAACCAAAUCAACAAACACAAUAUUUUCAUUAAUUGAUGUAUUAAUUUCAUAUUGUAGAUUUGUUGGAUAUAAACAAACUCCAAAUUAUGUACAAUAUUGGUUAUCAUUCCCUAAAUCAAUAGGUUCAACUUUAUUUAUGAUGAUUUCAAUAUUAUAUUUAUCUUGUUAUUGUUUUGUACCUCAUUUUUGGUAUAGACAAUGUGCUGGAUUUGGUUCACCACCAUUAGCUAUAAGAGCUGGUAUGAUGUCAACUGCUUUAGUACCAUUCACAUAUGUAUUAUCUGGUAAAUCAAAUGUUAUAUCAAUGUUAACUGGUAUAAGUUAUGAGAAAUUAAAUGUUUUCCAUCAAUUUGUUGGUGUUGCAAGUUUUAUUUUGGGAGUAGUUCAUACUAUACCUUUUGUAUAUCAAACUAAAAUUGAAGGUGGUACUUCAUUAUUACGUGAAUAUUUUACAACUGAUAGUUAUUUUGUUAGUGGAAUUCCAACAUUAAUAUUAAUGGGUCUUUUAUGUACAUUAUCAAAAGAUUGGUUUAGAAAACAUGUUUAUGAGAUAUUUUGGCAUUUACAUUGGAUGAUGGGGAUUGCAUUUUUUGGUUGUUUAAUAUGGCAUAUUGAUUAUGCAUUGGGAGCUCAAAAUUAUAUGUGGGGAGCUUUAGCAUUUUGGGCAACUCAAUUAAUUUAUAGAAUUUUGAUCAAGACUUGUUUUAGACCAAACAUUAUGUUUUUAAGAUCAAGAGAAGCUACAUUGAGUAAAGUUGAUGAUAAUACUUUUGAAUUAUUUAUUGAAAAUGUUUCUGACUAUAAAUGGAAACCAGGUCAACAUUGUUAUUUACGAUUCAAAGGAUUAAGAAUUUUAGAUAAUCAUCCUUUUUCAAUAUCAAGUUGUAGUGAAACUCAUAGUGGUAUGAAAUUUUUAAUUGUUGCUAAAAAUGGUAUCACUAAGUCUCAACAUAAAGAAUUAAAUAAAAAUAUAACAAUGAAGAAAAAAGUUUAUAUUGAUGGACCAUAUGGUGGAACAUUUAGAGAUGUUAAUAAGUUUGAAAAAUUGGUACUUUUAGCAUCUGGGACUGGAGUUACUGCAACAAUUCCAUUUUUAACAUAUAUGGCACAACAACAUCAAUUAAACACUCCUGAAUCCCAAAAUUUAAAAUGUAUAAAUUUCAUAUGGGUUGUUAGAAAUGAAAAAGAUAUAAGUUGGGUAUCAGAAGAAUUAAUCAACUGCAAAAAGAUUUUGGGAUCCAAAUUACAAAUUGAUAUAAGAGUAGUUGAAUUUGAAAAAGAAUUAUCAGAAAUGGAUAAAUCAGCAGAUUUUGAAAAAUCAGUAACUGAAUCAUUUAAUUUUACUGAAUUACCAAUAAAUUACGGCAAGCCAAACAUUCCUCAAAUACUAACAAAUCUUCAAUCAAGUUUAUCAAUUAGAAAUAUUUUCAUUUGUUCUGGUAGUAAAUCAAUGCAAGCUCAAGUUUCUUCUAAGAUAUCUAAAUUCCAAGGUUUGAUUUUUAAUAAUGACUUAAGAAAUACUGAUGUUGAAGAAAUUUAUUUACAUAAUGAAAGUUUUGGUUGGUAG